ACCGUGUUAGCCACUUGAAAGAGACUCCCUCCAUUCCACUUCCAAGAACACAAAAAUUUCAGCAUUUCCCAGUUAUUAAAAUUAAUCAGGGAAAAUUAAUUAACUACUGCAUUAAAUUAAUUAUUAUGGGAGCAAUGACACUGCCUCCAGGAUUCAGGUUCCAUCCAACGGAUGAGGAGCUCGUCGCCUAUUAUCUCGAUCGGAAGAUCAACGGUGGAAUUAUCGAGCUCGAAGUCAUCCCCGUAGUCGAUCUCUACAAAUCCGAACCAUGGGAUUUACCAGAAAAAUCGUUCUUGCCGAGCAAAGAUAUGGAGUGGUAUUUCUACAGUCCGAGAGACAGGAAAUACCCGAACGGGUCGAGGACGAACCGGGCGACUCGGUCCGGUUACUGGAAGGCCACCGGAAAAGACCGGUCCGUGCAGUCGCAGAAACGGCCGGUGGGUAUGAAGAAGACAUUGGUUUAUUACAGAGGACGAGCGCCUCACGGGAUUCGAACCGAUUGGGUGAUGCACGAGUAUCGCCUCCUUGAUUCUGCACUCGGCACCACCGGCUCAAAUCUCAAGGAUUCUUAUGCACUGUGUCGGGUUUUCAAGAAGAACAUAGUCAUAACCAAGACUUGUAGAACUAAAGUGCCACGUGGGAUGAUGGUUGAUCAAGUUUCGUGGGACGAAGACGAAUGUGGGCCCACACCGGAGACCUCCCUGAGGGAAUAUGCCGACGAAGAUGCCAAGGGCGAAAUUCGCUCCAAGAACCCUAAUUCGGAGGCGUCUUCAUCGGAACUCACACAAGGGACGACGACACCAAUGGCGGCGAUCGGCUCGUCGAAAUACGAUCCGACGGCUCACAUUGCCGCGUCAGAUGAAGUCAAUAGUUCAAUGGAUGAUGAUCAUCAGUUCUACUUUUACGGCACCGAAAACAUAUCAAAUUUCAUUCAGGACUAUACGGGCAUGUUUUACGACCCUUAUUAUCCGCCGUUAGCUAUGGAUGACUUCCCACAAGUAGAUUUAACGGAGCCAAAAUGUAGCAGCAGUGAAUACAUGACCAAUUGCGACAGGUUGAGGGAUAACGGUGUGAAUGAGAUAACGGCGUUAGAAGAGAUUUAUUCUAACCUCAACUACCAGAAUUAUGGAGGAUCAAACUAAGUAACUAACUAGCUUCAAAACAUACUUAUAUAUUAAGUAUAUAUAUUUAUUAUUUUAUAUAUACACACACGCAAACUGAUUUUUCAUUGGCAUAUAUAGGGUUUUUUUUUUUAAUACUUGUUAAAAACGAGAUUGAAGAACGUAACGCAAGUUUUAUACAUUUGAUAGUGCUGAUGUUUUGCUGGGGCGAGUCCUGAUUUUUUGAAAAUGGCUUCUCUCAAGG